CUAAAGCUCAGCAUGUCACUCUAAAUAAAGGCAUUUACUCUAAUCAGAAGAAUGCAAUUGGGACCUGAGGUAUUUAGUAGAGUGAGGUCACUGCCAGUGAUCAGAUCAGCCAGGCACAAGCAUGUUCCUGUGUUUUUAAGUUCAAUAAUAGAACUAUUAUCCUUUGUGAACAGCCGCCCCAGGAUGUCCCUUGACUGACAGCUCACCCAUGUAUAAAACGCCACACUAUACCGACUGCAGGAACAAAACCGGAGAACGAGUCUGCAACCAGGUCUUCUUUGGCAGUAGAUCCAGUUCAGCAGAACCUGCCCUGUGCUCUGGACCACAGAUGAACGCCCUGGGGAGUGCAACACCUUGGUGGUGUCUGACAUUCCUGUGGAGCAUGGCGCUCUUGGCAGCCCUCAGCCCUGGGAUGGCUGGACAAGCCCCGGCUGCCAACUUGCGGCACUUCAUUGGCUGUGCAGUGCGCGAGUUCACCUUCCUGGCUAAGAAACCUGGCUGUGGGGGGCUGCACAUCACCACCGAUGCCUGCUGGGGGCGCUGUGAAACCUGGGAGAAGCCAGUUCUGGACCCCCCGUUCAUCGAAUCACACCAGCGUGUGUGCACCUACAAUCAGACCCGCCUGGUCACCGUCAAGCUCCCCAACUGCUCCGCUAAGGUGGACCCCUUUUACGCGUAUCCCGUGGCCCUGCGGUGCGACUGCAGCGUAUGUGUCACCAGGACCACAGAGUGCAUCACUGCCAUCUGAAGAUAUUGCUUCAGGUCCAUUCUGGCGAAGAUGGGCAGUCAUGAUUCUAUCCUACUAAGAACAUUGGCAUAUUUCUCAAUGGGCUCAUUGAUGGUGUCAAGAGAACCAGGGCUUCAAACCUCAUGCUGUGUCGUAUGUCACAGCCAGUUGAAAUCCAAUUGGCUUCAACAAAGUAAACAAUAGGAAGUAAUUUGAACUAGGAAGUUACUGAAAGCUUGUGGGAGUUUUACUUACACAAAAAUGUUCUGAGGGCCGAACAAGUU